AUGAAAGUGUGCGCAUGUGUUCUGCUGUUCACCAUACUCGUGAACGUAGGUAGAAGUGCUGCUGACUCUCCGCCCUUGAAUGGAAGGGCCGUUCAUUUGGCUUUAGAAACCGUCCUAGAAUUUAACGACAAAGACAAAGAAUCAGAUCUAAAGUUUCUAGACAAAGUAAAGAAUCUAAUAAACAAAGUUAAGACUGUGAUUGAUAAAUCAGGCAGCUAUAGAAGGGACUUCAAAGAUGGGGACAUUGAAACACUCACCGAUUUUAUACAACAAGCUGUCAGUAUACUAAACUCAUACGACGACGCAACAUUUGGUGAUUUCUUCAAAACUCUAGACGAUGAAGUACGAAAAUAUCAUUACAGGGGAUGUAAGUUUCAUGAAUUGAUGGAGAAUUUUGAAAUUAGGUCGUUGUUAGGUUCUGCAUUUGAUUUGAUUAAAAAUAAACCAGUCCAAGUUAUAAAGGCAUACAUGAACGUGCUUGCUGAUACGUUGAAAGACAAAAGUUACGAUAGCAAUGUUAAAGAAAUCAUAAAUUACAUCAAUUCCUUGUACGGAACAGAGUCUAAAAACAAACUGACAAAAUUUUUACAAGAAAUAGACAACUAUGGAAAAGGUACGUCGAAGAAGAAACACAACACUUUAGCCAGAAUUCUUAGAGAAGGGAUCCGGUCUAUAAUAUUUGAUCAUUAUACUGAAUUGAACCCUAAUGCAAGAAGAGAGUUGAAGGCCAAAAUAGAAAUGUACUUGAAAAAGUGCAAGGAAUCUCCAUCUAAUUUAACCAGUAAUAGUGUCAAGUCAGAAACAAUACUGAAAAAGUCGCUCCUACACGGCGUAUAUAAGAAAGAAACUAUAAAACCAUCUGAAAAGAAACUGGCCAGAAUAGAUAUAGAUCCAAGGGAUUUUAAGAAGACAUCUGUUGAAAGACUUUCAGGGGAUGAGAAAAAAGGAAUUCGACACCAUAGAAAAGAAAAGAAAAGACAAUUGAAAUUUCCCGCAGUCCCUGUACCAACAGUAAAACCAGUAAAAGAAGACAAAGAUUUGAGAGCUCAAUCAGAAGAUAAAGAACUAUCAUCACUAUCUUCAAGUUCCGAAGAUGAUGAUGAAGCAACAGACGAAACCGUUGAAAGAAACUCCAUAGACAUCUCACCAGAAAGAAAGAAUGCAUACAAAACUAUGAGAUAUAUAACACUAUAUCCUGAAGCAAUUACAAAUGUCCCGAGAAACAAUGACAAAGAUACAAAUGUCGUUCAUCGAUCAGGCAGAGCCACCACACCAAGACAACACAGAUUCCUAACCAUGUGGGUGGAAGAAUCGACAGGAGGAAUUCCUCAAUACAUACUGAAUAAAUACAAGGCCACAACGCUGAAACCACGCAAGCGAAAGCAUAAGAAAGCACACACGAAGAAGGAGAAGAAACAUAAGAAGAAGCACACGAAAACUAAAGACAAACAUCAUAAUAAAGAUGAAAGUAGAGAAAGUACAAAGAAGAAACAUGGACAGAAAUAUAAAACACAUCUUAAUACAAGAUAUACAAAGAAAUAUGUAACAAAACACACAACUACAUACAAACCUAGCCGUGAAUAUCAUUAUACUUCCAAGAAACAUAAAAGUAAACUGAGUUAUGAGAAACUGAAACAUAGCAACAGUAAGAAGAUACAUAAACUCCAAGAGAUCAAAGAGGUUCCUCCAGGAUUGUCAACAAAAAAAAUUAACAACAUAUUCGGACCUGUGAGAUUGGAUGUUAAUCGGAACCUACUCCUAAACAAAAUAACAGUAAGAACAACUUCGGCACCAUCUCGACGACCACCCAUUUUGCGGACAACACCCUCUUCACUAAAAUCUGUAGUAGAAAAGAAUACAGAUGAAAUACAAAAAUUUAACACAUCUAUCUCACCUUCCAAUUCAACCAUUACCCCAGGUGUAGGUCUGUCAAUCCCAGCAUCAAAAUCCUUAAUUGCCGAAAGGUUCAAUAUAUUGAAUAGACCUGUAAAGUGGGAUACGCGGAAAAAUGCCGAACACCAUCCACUGUCUGAUGGAGGACUUUCUAUUGAAAAUUUUGACAAAAAAAAGCAAGCGAGCUCAAGCAAGGAAGACCCGUUUGUCAUGGAGCGUUUGCACCGAUUAGAAAAAGAGCUGAAAGAAGUAAAAAAUAGAAUAAAUACUGCCACAAAAAGAACGAACAAAAGAGAAUUAGGUAAAAGAAGUAAAGAGAACACAGAGAGAGCAGAGAAACACAGAGAAAAUGAUCCAGAUAGUUACGACAUAAGAAGUGUAGAACAUGAUAGAAGAAAACAUCAUAAAACUACAGAACUAACUACAACACGAAAUAAUAUCAGGAAUGAACAGCCGAAACAUGCAAGCACUGUCAAAAAACCAGAAUAUCAAAUCGAAUACAAAAUCGUCAAAGAAAAAGGUUCCGGUUUCAAAGAAAUUAUAGCAAAUCAUAGAUCUAAAGUAAGUGACAAAAUAAUACCAAUUGACAUUCACGGAAAAGUCGUGAAGACACGAAGCGAUGAAAGACAGGUGAAGUCACACAGCAACACGAUACUCAUUGAAUUUUCGACAAAACUAUUUCCAAUUAUGACCACAAAAGAAUCUACAAGUACUGUAAAAACUACUGAAGUAGAUUCUACAACGGCUACACAUUUUACAGGCAAAACUCUAAGAGAUGUCACCACCACAAAUAAUACAAAAACUUCUAAAAAACAUCACGAUCAUACUAAAACUACCACAGUAGCUUCUAUUCCUAGUAUUGCCACUGUAACUACAACUACCAUUGUUCAUGAUAAAUUUAAAUCAAUUGAUAUUGUUCCGAGUGAUUUCACAGUGCCUGCUAAACAUGUAGCGGCAGAUCUCAAUGCGAAGGUUACAACUAAAACAGUUAAACAACAAACUACUGAAAAUAGAGGAAAAGAUGCGAUUGUGAUGCUCAAAGGAAUAAUAGAAAAAUCUGGCAAAAGUGUCGCUCAAAAUGAAGUUUAA